UACGUAAACCGCCAGCUCGAAAGGCUGGUGUGUGUUUGUGAAUGUCACCGCUCUGGUUUCUUCCUCCCAGAAGUCAAUGCAGCUUGUUUGCUUUGACAGCGGAGGAGGUGCCAAUGUGGUGGACGUUGCUGUGCCUAUAACACCUUUAGACGGCCCUUUUUGGGGUUCUGACUUUUUACUAAUGUAGGAAAUUCAGGUUUAAAAUAUCUUACUAACAAUGCGGCGGUACCUCCGCGUGCUCCUCGGCUGUAUUUUGUUUGGUUUAUGUUCAAUACUGUAUGUGUUUAGCCAGCUCGCUGCGUCUCUGGAGCCGCAUGACGGAUGGAUGGGGAGGAAACCACAGCAGAGAACCGCUUUUCUGCCGGGGGAGAGCGGACACGGAGCCGGGAAAGGGGCGGGAAAAACAGGCCUGGAGGAUCAGCACUGGUACAACAGAUACAUUAUGAGAAAACCAGAUGCCUCAGAUCCCUCAAACACUCCUGUGGAAACGAUGCACCUUGCUGUAGUGGCCUGUGGCGAGAGGCUUGAAGAGACUGUUACAAUGUUGAAAUCUGUAGUUUUAUUUAAUAUCAAGCCCAUUCAGUUUCACAUCUUUGCUGAAGAUAAUCUACACGUCAAAUUUAAAGACAUGCUGGAUUCUUGGUCAGAGUCUUAUCGUUUAAAGUUCAGCUACACUGUGUACUCCAUAACAUUCCCCAGCGAGAAUGCUGCAGAAUGGAAGAAACUGUUCAAACCUUGUGCAUCCCAGAGGCUCUUUCUUCCUAUCAUUCUUAAGGAUGUGGAUUCUUUGCUGUAUGUAGAUACAGACAUUUUGUUUCUGCAGCCAGUGGAUGAGAUGUGGUCUUUUUUUAGAGAAUUUAAUUCGACUCAGAUCGCUGCAGUGGCACCAGAGCACGAAGAGCCUAGCAUUGGAUGGUAUAAUCGCUUUGCCAGGCAUCCUUUUUAUGGCAAGACUGGAAUCAACUCUGGAGUCAUGCUGAUGAAUAUGACUCGGAUUCGAAAAAAGUAUUUUAAGAAUGAUAUGACUACAGCACAGCUACAGUGGGAGGAGUUGCUCAUGUCCUCACUUAAAAAAUAUAAACUGAACAUAACCUGGGGAGAUCAAGACUUAUUAAAUAUCAUCUUUCAUUACAACCCAGAAAGCCUUUUUGUAUUCCCCUGCCAUUGGAAUUAUCGCCCUGAUCACUGUAUUUAUGGCAGUAACUGCAAAUCUGCUGAAGAAGGCGGCAUCUUCAUUCUUCAUGGAAACCGGGGAGUUUAUCAUGAUCAUAAGCAGCCUGCUUUUAAAGCGAUCUACCAAGCAAUACAACAAUACACAUUUGGAGAUGACCCAGUCCAUUCUCUCCUAUACCCACUUGAGCAAGAUCUGCAAAAGACAACACAUACUUACUGUGGAAAAGUACAACACUUAUUUACAAAGCAAUUACAAAAGAGUAUAGCAAUGAUUCAAGACAAAGUCUCAAGAGGAAGGUAAUUGUGUUUUCAGAUAUGUUGAUACAAACAUUCACUUUGAACUUCAGGAACUCCAAACUGCGUUUUGUCAUCAUGGAGGGGCUCCUCUGUGGAAUCUCUGGAAGAGGAUUAUCAAUCGGUUCUAAUCCAAGUCCUGUAUGUUCAGACUUAAGGUAGAAUUUAUUCUUCCCGUCUCAUUUUUUGUAUUGUUACUUCCAAGCUGUGAAGGCAAUGUAUCAGUUUGUAAAAGCACUAAUCUCACUUUGCUGUGUGUGAACCCAACUGUUACUUAAUUGAGGUUUCAUUUUGUAACAGUCAAGGGUGUUAGGUUGAAACAGUUGACAAUCUGCGUCUUAAUGUUUCAUGUGUUUUAAAUGUAUCUGUGACUGGGAACCUUUUUUGACAAUCAUGUGUUAACAGUAAAUAAUUUAGAAGAAGACUGUUCACAGUAAUGUGUUAAACACGGCUGAAGAUUUUUAAACAAAAUCGUUACAGUUAAACUGUCUGGUAAUACAUUAAAAUACAUUUAUUUAAAAAACUAAUCUAUGAAUAGAAAGCCAAACAUUUGGAUUUUCCAAAUAGGCACUGUCCAAAUGCAUACUGUUCAAACACGUUAUCUGGUAAGCCAAUAAGUAUUAAUUAUUAUUUUUAUUUAACAGCCAGUAAAAUUGUCAUGCGAUAAACCCAAGGAGACAUUUAUAUAUACAGUAUAAUCUAUCACUAAUUUUUCAACAUUUUCCGUUUUACUUUUUAAAACACUCUUAUUACUUCUUAGUCGGCAAGAUGCAGUGCCAUUGUAUCCGAGUGUUUGUCUAAUUAACUUUUGUUUAGUUUCUUGUGAACAUUCAGAACAUUUAUCUUUACAGUUCCAGUUUCAGAAAAUGUGUAGUGACCUUGUGGCAGCUACUCAAAGGAUUCUUAUCUCAAAAUUAAAGGAGUUUUGUAUUCUACUUACAGUUAUUGGUUUUUACUAAUCUCAGAAAUGAAGACUGAUGCACAUCUGUGUUCUGAAUAAAACCAAUAAACACCUCGAAGUGUCUUGUAUGAGAUCAGUUAUGCUCUGCUUAUUGUUGUUUAUGCCUGAAAAAGAUUACUUUUAAAAUGUUCAAAUUUUCAUAGAAUUUUGUUUACUGAAUACGAAUAUAUGUUUUAAAUAAUCAAGUUGCACUAAAUGUAGUAUAAAAAUAGAACAUGUUUUUGGAUAGAUUGUUGCCCAGAAGUGUGAAAUUUGGAAUUCUAAUUUUUGGGUCAUACAUAUAUUUAAGCGAUAGUGCCUGCCGAUGAGGGCUGUACCGUGUGAUAAUUGACUGCGACGGGAAUUAUGCGUCCCUAGCCGAAGGCGCUAACGAAAGUCAAGGUUAAUUUAUCACACGAGAGGUCACUAUCGCUGAUAGAAAAACUAUUUUUACUGUUUUCUUUAAAACUUGUACUAAUUUGUCAGCUACCUUUCCGCUGAGUAAAGGCGUUCUAAGAAAAUAGUCCCAAACAUUUUUUAAGGAAAAAAACAAGGAUGGCAUACAAAGAGAAAAACACUGAAUUUUUAUUUAGUAAAUCUGUUUUUAUUUUUUAUUAACUUGUUUUAAACUCCUAUUUAUAAUUUGGACAUUGCCUGAA